AUGGGAGUUGUAGUAAGCUACCCGGAGCAUUUCCCUAUGUAAUGGCUGCCUGACGUUUAAGCGAACCGUUGCAUGUUUUUGUUCCUGUUUCCGAGAGAUCCACAGCCAGGCUGUCCAAAUGACCCCACUUCAGAAAAACAGAAUGCUUAGCAUAAUACAUUCUUAACCGUUUCUCUUGCGUAUCGUUGCACGUUGGGGGAGAGAAGCCCGAGGCUGCGUUGGGCUGCACAAAGACCUGUCCAACGGAACAACUGUUGCCCUAGCUGCUCCCCUCUGUUCACGCCGCCGACCAGCAUACAAGCCUGUCAGGUGCACCCAGAGUGACAAGCCAAAUCUAGAUGUCAUAUGCAUUGAGAACACUGCUUUGGAGAUGCUGCAAAGACACUAACCUAAUGCUCAUCAGGAACACAAGUUCUGUCUUCUUUACGUAGCUGGUUGAAAAAGUGGACGUUGCAGCCCCACAACACCUUUGAGUCCAAUUAUGGCAGCAAGUAGUGGAGAAAGUCAGCUGCAGAGGAUUAUCCGAGAUUUGCAGGAUGCUGUGACGGAACUGAGCAAAGAAUUUUCAGGAACGGGAGAACCAAUCACAGAUGACUGCGUCAGCUUGCACAAGUUUUCCUAUAAGCUUGAGUAUCUUUUGCAGUUUGACCAAAAGGAAAAGUCUACCUUACUGGGAAACAGGAAAGACUAUUGGGAUUAUUUCUGUGACUGCCUGGCAAAGGUUAAAGGAACAAAUGAUGGAAUACGCUUUGUCAAGUCUAUUUCAGAACUAAGAACAUCCCUUGGUAAGGGAAGGGCAUUUAUACGUUACUCCUUAAUGCACCAAAGGCUUGCAGACACUCUGCAACAAUGUUUCAUGAACACCAAAGUAACUAGUGACUGGUACUAUGCAAGAAGUCCUUUCCUGAAUGCUAAACUGAGUUCUGAUAUUGUUGGGCAUCUCUACGAACUAACUGAGGUUCAGUUUGACCUGGCAUCUAGAGGCUACGACUUAGACACAGCAUGGCCCACCUUUGCCAGGAGGACUUUGUCUUCAUAUGGCUCCUCUGCCUACCUGUGGAAGCCUCCAAGCCGCAGUUCAAGCAUGAGUAGUUUGGUGAGCAGCUACUUACAGACCCCAGAGAUGCCUUCCAGUCCUAACGGGAAUAACUUUGUAAACACAGAACCCCUCGAGGGCCUUGACGAGAUGCGUGCAGAGCUUGAUCAGGCGUUGCUGCAGCAGAAGGAGCUUCAGGAUCGGAUCCAGCACGUGGAGAAGGAAAACCGGGAGCUCCAAGCAGCCGUCAGCCUUGAGAAAGGGCAAACACAGGCUGAGAGGGAAAAGGUCAGCAGCCUCAGCCAAGAGAACUCCAGGCUGACGAAAAUGCUGGUAGAGCUCGAGAAACAACGUGAAAUCUCUCACUGCACUCAGGACACUGUCCAAGACCUGCAAAAGUGCUUGCGGGCCUUGGAACUGAAUUCCCAGGAAAAGCAAAAAGAAUACUCUGCAAGACUCGAGGAACUGGCAUCCACUAAAAAGGACUCUGACUCCAAGCUGCUUCUUUUGAACAAGGAGCUGGAGAGCGUCAGGACUGCAGUCCGCACAAAGGAGGCCUCGAUCAGUGAGCUGACGACCAAACUGAAGUCAGCAGAGCAGAAGAACGAAGAGCUCAUUUCCCAAAAUAGUGCGUUUCUGGAUGAGAGAAGUCAGCAGGCUGCCAGGCAAAAAGAGUCCAUGCUGAAGACUGAGGAGUUACUGGAUAAGCUUCACAGAGUGGAACAGGAGAAAGCUGACAUUCAGCAGCUGUACAGAGAACACCUUGCUCAUCUUAAAAUCGUGGAAGAGCAACUGAGCCUGAAAGAGGAGGUGCAGAAGGAGCUCGAGUCAAAACUGAACAGCAUGCCGGGAACAGGAGCAAAGGAGAAGGUUGACCUUGAGAAGGAGCCGGCAGCAGAAGGCACAGAGAUCGCAAACCUUCAGAUGCAACUGGAAAAUUCAUUAGCUCAGGUAAAGUCCUUGGAAAAAAAUCUUGAGGAGGAAAGGAAAGAGAGAGAGAGACUUGAGGAGGACUUCACCUGUAGGAGAACGACCAUGGAACAGGAAGCAAAGAACUUGACGGAACAACUUGAGCUGCUGGAAAACCGCCUAUCCCACCUAAGUGAAUAUGUGGCAGAAUUAGAGGAGCAAAAAACAGAACUCAUUUCUGACGGAACCUUUCUCGUCCAAACAAUAGAAAGCAUGGAGACGAAGGCAAAGCAGCAAAAUUCCUCAUGGGCAGACGCCUGUGAGGAAAACAAGAAGCUGAAACAGACCAAUCAGCAGUUAGAAGACAGACAAAAGGAGUUGGACACUUCUAAAUCUUCAUUGGAGGCUGAGUUUGCCAAACUGACAGCUUCUGAGAAAGAGCUGCGAGGUGAGAUAUAUGAUGCCGUGGUGUCUGUAGACGAAAAGGAAAAGAAAAUCCGAGAACAGAACAGGCAGCUGGCUGAAAACCUGCAGAAUGCCACUAAACAAAACCAAGUUCUGCAAGAAAAGUUGCACAACAUGGAGUCCGAUUACCAAAAACUGAUAGAGAGAGAAGAAACAAUCAAGAAGACCUUGGCUGUGCUGCAAGCAGAGCAAGAUAAUACCAAAGAGCAAGGCCUGAAAAUGGAAAAGGGGUUGGCCUCCUUAAAACACUAUAAGGAGUCUCUCCGGCUGCAGCUGAAGGAGAAGGAUGAUGUUUUGCAAGACUUGGAGAGCCAGCUCAAGCUGCAUCAAGAAGAGGCAGAGAGGUACAAAAGAAAAGCAGAUGCCCUUGAGGCAGAAAAGGCAGCUAUGGAAAAAACUUCCGUCCCUCAGACUGAUUCUGCCACUUCUGCGAGGCUGGGUCUGGAAGAAGCGGCCUGUGAGGAGAAAGAAGCCAAAGACCUGAAGGUGAGGCUGGCUCUUUCUGAGGAGCAGCUUCGAAUCAACCAAGCAGAGGUGUUGAGGCUCCAGGCUGAACGUAUGGACCUUCAUGCCAGGCUUCAGCAAGCGACUGCAGAGAAGCAGACGCUGCAAGGCAGGCUGGAUGUUGGAGAGACUCUUCUGAGUGAGCAAAAGGCAUUGGCCCAGCAGCUGAAAGAGCAAAAUGAACUCCUUAACAGAACCCACGUGCAGGAGCUGCUGGAGUGCCGAAAUCGAGAGGAAAUGCUGAAAGACGAGAGGGACAAGGGAGCCCACCAAAAGGCCGAGCUGGAGAAGAACUUGCUGGGCCUCACCGAGGAAUUGUCUAAGGCCAAGCAGUGUUUGGAAGCGUUUAACGCGGAGAACAUGGAAAUCAAGGAGCUUCUCCACAGGACCAACACCGAAAUGGCUGAACUCGGCAUUCAGAUCUGCACCCUAACAUCCGAAAAGUCAGAAGCUGAAGAAAAGCUGUCUUGUGUCACUGGUAAACUCCAGGCUGCCGAAGCAAUGGUAGCCAAAGAACGAGAGACUCUGCAGCUCGACCUUUCAAGGCUCAGCCGGGAGAACCAAGAGCUCCAAGAGAAACUCGAGGAAUGGAAGAGCUGCGCGGCGGCUGUGCCUACCCUGCAAACUCAGCUGGAGAUGGCGGAGCAACAGGCCCAGAGUUUGCAAGAGAGCAGGAAAGAGGAGCUUUCUGCAGUGAAAUUUCAGCUGAGCACAGAAAUUAUAAAUUAUGAGACAAAAUUUAAGGCCAUCAGUGAAGAAUGUGAAAACUUAAAGCGGCAAGUUGAAGAGCCCAGCCGGCGAGCAGAUGCUGCGGAAGAGGCACUCAAAGACUUGCAGGCCAUCAAAAGAGACCUAAUUCACGAACUAGACCUUGCCAUGGAUCAAGUGACAGAAUACAAAACUGCUAAGCAAAAAAAAGAGGAGGAGGUGGAGCAAUUGAAAGCAGACCUGGAAAGGGCCCAGGAGGAGGUUAAUAAGGCAAAUGAGCAGAUUCAGGAUUACUAUGAGAAACUUGGCAAGAUGAGGUCAGAACGGGACAGCAGUGACCAGAAGCUGUUGGCUGAACUAGACGAUCUUACUAGAACAAAGCAGUUCCUUGAAGAACGGUUAAUUGAACUUCUCAGGGACAAAGAUGCUCUUUGGCAGAAGUCUGAUGCUCUGGAAUUCCAGCAGAAGCUCACAGCUGAGCGGAGGUGGUUGGGGGAUGCAGAGGUCAGCUGCUGUCAAGACUGUCAAAAGGAAUUUGGCUGGAUGAAUCGCCGACACCACUGCAGACUUUGCGGAUGCAUUUUCUGCUACUACUGCUGCAACAACUAUGCUAUGUCAAAACACACUGGUAAGAAGGAGCGCUGCUGUCGAGAGUGCCUGAAGAAAUCAAAUGCUGUCAGCAGUGACUCUGGAGCAAAUGCCAGUCAAGAAGAACCUCCGAGUCUGUUCAGCUCACCAUUAUCUCUGGUUCGUAAAGUUAUGGUUACAACUGAAGCUUCUAAGCCCCCAGAUGAUGCCCCAUUUGAUAUAAUCACAGAUGAAGAAGUGGGCCAAUUACAAGAAGAGGAUUCUGCCCAUAAUGAAAGCCAAACUGAAGAAGAAUCCCUGGACCGUAGUAUGACAGAUCUAAACAGCACCUACAAUUCUUCCACUUUUGAUGAAUCUGAAGAAUUACAAAUGGCCCAAGAUGCAGAGAUCUGCUUGCUGAAGUCAGGAGAACUGAUGAUAAAGCUGCCCUUUACUGUGGAAGAGAUUUUAAAUUUUGGAGAAGCUAAUCGGGAGCUGUUCAUUAAAUCAAACACCUUCAGCAUUAUUCCCAUCACAGUUGAAGAACCUGGCCUUGCAAUAAGUUGGAUGUUUUCAUCUGAGCCCAAGAGUAUAUCAUUCAGUGUGGUGUAUCAAGAAUCAGAAGAAGCCCCACUGGAUCAGUGUAAAGUUCUUAUCCCUAUGACGCGCUGCAAUUCUCAUAAGGAAACCAUCAGAGGGAACGUGAAAGUCAGGAACUCCGGGAUCUACAUGCUUAUAUUUGACAACACUUUCUCUAGGUUUAUCUCCAAAAAAGUAUUUUACCACUUAACACUUCAACGACCAGUGAUUUAUGAUGGAAGUGAUUUUCCAUAACCUUGGAUAUAGGCAAUAUUUACAUACAGUAUCUUUGUUCAAAUUAUAUUUUUAAGAAACACUGUACAUAUGAACACUAAGAACAGAUGUAUUUGAAACCCUGUUACAUCUAUGCAAUAAUUCUAAAACUGCACUUACAUGUUGGUACACAUAUAGUGGAAAGUACCUUUAUUACUAACACUAAUGAUUCUGGACUAUGUGCCAAAGUUCAAAAGCCAUUUUGUUUAUUUAAAUUAAAACCAAAACAAAAAAAGCUAUGCAAUGCACACUUGAUACAUAAAUGACUCUGAACCCAGAUACAUCGUUUUCAAAGAGCUAGGAAAUGCUUUUGAUUUAACCAAUGUAGGUUGAAAAAAUAUGUAUAUUUUUAAAAGUUUUAAGCCCUGUUCCUUCUGCUAUUUAUUUUUAAUUUUGCAAAAGGGAUGAAAUAAAAAUUCAGCUCCACAAAAUCAAAAGGUAGUUCAACAUGCACUGAUUCACUCCGAAUAUGCCCUACUUGCAUCCUAGUGGCAAUUGGAUAGUCGGCAAUUUGUGGAUAAUAAUCUCAGUGGUGUUUUGCAAACUGAUUGAUUUUAUUACCUAGCCACUGUGAUAUUCACAUAAUACACAUGGGCAAAAAACAGGCUGUGAAUCAAUGUCUAUUUAGGCAGCUUGGGGUCUUUAUGGCCAUUCAUGUUGUUAAAUCCACCCAGUAAUGGAGAUCAGUAGCCCAUUAAAUACAAAGUGGGAGACUCGUUCAUGAAACACUUAUUUUUAGAGAUGGCAGAGUAUUUUGCUGUUAAUUUUUAAGUCAGGAUUAAUAUAGGAGUCAAUGUGAAUAGCUUCAUUAUUGGGAAAGUAUUGUGUAAUUUUAUCAAGAGAGGGAUUUUUUUUUUCAUCAUUGACUUUUGCAGCCUAAUUUUAAGUCUAUGAAUAUUUUAUCCUGACUGUUACUCUAGCAUGGUUUGGGGGCACUGGUUAGCAAAUACACCAAUUAAAAUGUGUAAGAUUAGAGCACUGAAAACCAUAUCCAUAACAGUAAUAGUAUCAAAUGAAUAGGAAUAUUUGCUUUCCUAAUAGCUAUAACAGAAGGUAACUUGGUUGAACUUCCAGACAUGUCAACUGAAACAUUGGGCCACUACAAACCUAUUACUGACACCUAGUGUACACUGAGUUGAAUACACUUGAAAUAAAUCAGAGCAGUAGUUCAAAUUACUAUAUCUAGCUAUGGUCUGAAGGCCAGUUGAGAGAUUCCAAUUUGGAAUUCCUUGUAAAAAGGAUUCAAAAAUAUUUGCUUCAAAUCUUUCUAAAACAUUUAGACAGGUUUGUGCCUAUCUGGAAAUGAAUGAAGUCAUCCCAUACUUCUGAAACAAGACAAUUUUUACACCGACUUUUCAAAGAAACAAUUUCAUUCUGUUUUUGUAAGGAAGAGUUUAACAUGUUUGUAUUUUUUUUCCAAAUAUUUCAACUUGUAUUUUUAAAACUUUUCCCACUGGGAAUAAUUGUCAUAAGAGUUAAUGAUUUCCUGUAAGGAAUAUUCAGUAUUUAUAAGUUUGCUAAUGCUUAGACACAAACUUUGUAAAGUACUUCUUGAAUCUGAGUGCGUCAGGGGAUCAUUGCUGUGAUGCCAGAAGACCUGAUGUAUAUCUAUGAAGAUGCUGCGGAAUUUUUAAAUAGCUUACAUACGAUGCAAUUUUUAAGCAAUAAUAUAUCGGGUCCAGAUGAAGACCUGCUAUAUCACAUGUUCAUCGUUUGGAUGACUGCUGCAGCUAUCAAGCCUACAAGCUUUUUUCCUCCUGCAAGGACACUAUAAGCAAGCUUCAGAAAAAGAUACAUUUCAAAACUUGUGUCAUUUUUUACUUUCUUAGAAACAGAUAAAUUGUAAGACCACCCUAACUGGAAAAAGCAGAUGUUUAUCCUAAAUGAUUGACAAGAGAGAAAGAUGCUGUUUUUCACUAUUGUCAAAAAGGUGAUAUAUGAUGUAGGAAUUUAAUGCUACUAUACACAAGAACUAUAGCAAAUUCCCACCCACACCCUUGCCAUCCAGUUUUUGUAACUACCAUAGCAACUUAAGGCAGGCAACACAUAUGAUACAAAGCCAUCUGUGUUGCACCUACGAUGUAUACUGUCAGUGCAGAGAAUCUGGGAUGGGGAUGGGUGCUUAGUGAAUUGUAUGAAAUUACAAGUAAUACCUAGGCAGGUUUUGAAUCUUGGACUGUGGGGUGAAAGAGUGUCACUUAUGCCAUUUUGAUGCAAUCCUAAAUGGAUCUGUGGCAUACCCAGCAUUAUAUUUUUAAUGUGUUUGAAAUAGAUUGUAUCAAAGGCAACAUAAUAGAAAGUAUGCAUUUGCCAUGUGAUUAUCAAAUGGCGUUUUUACUGAAUGGCUAGUUAUAUUUUCUUUGCAUUUGAGAAAUAAGAAUUUAUUUUAUUUCUUUAAUUAACCUGAAUUUAUUUAACUAACCUGAAAUACUGUUUGCCAUGGACUGUGCAAUAUCAAAUGGAUUUUGGAUUGAAAUCCGCUUACUAUUUUGGUUGUGGUUUCCUAGUCUAUUUUAUGAUGGUUUUUGGAUAGAAUGGCUAAUUGUUGCAAAGGUGUCUUAUUCAAAUUGACAUGAAGGGGAUUUGUCAAACAUUAUACUUCUAAUACAUUAUUUUAAAUAUACAAUA